AUGGACGAUGAAAAUGAAAUCUUUAUUGGUACUUUUGAACGUGUUCCACCGGUGAAGAAAACACGGUGUGCUGCACGCUGCGUAACAAUAAGUCUAAUCGCUAGCGUGAUUAUUUGUAUCGUGGUUAUUGUUCGCACGAGUACAAAGAGCGCAGCGCGUUUGAAAGUCAAUGCGUUGUGGUUCCCUUCAGCUGGAAGUGAGUCUUGUAUUCGAUUAAUGGACAUUAAUGGCGAUGGACUGGAUGAUGUUAUUGUGGGAGUAACUGAGGUCACGGCAAUUACAAAUGAAAUUAAAAAAGAACAAAACCGUUCGGCCUUCUGUGAGUCAUUGAAUGUGGAAGAACCAUGCAGUGGCACGAUGUAUGGCAUACGAGGAUAUGAUUUUAGUAUUCUGUGGUCGUUCCGAAUGAAGGAGUCGAUCUUCGAACUCGUUUGCGAUCUCAUCGAUUUGAAUAACGAUGGCCAUCGAGAUUGUAUUGGCGCCGGACGGCAAGCAUCUGUGGUUGCUUUUGAUCCUUACCAUGGCAAAAUAAUUUGGGACAGUAGAAAUAUAAGAUCACGACGAGUGCUGUGGAAUUUCUAUAAUCCUGUUCUUUUACCUGUUGAUGUGGAUGGCGAUGGGAUGAAUGAUAUACUUAUUUCUCAUGGUGGAAAUCCGACAAUUCCCUCGGAAGUACACGAACGUGAAGCAGGCUGCUUAUUGAUUCUCUCCAGUCGAAAUGGAAGCCAAAUCGGUGAACCAUUCUGGAUGCCAGAUGGUAAGGAGACAUAUAUGUCGCCGAUUUUAUAUAACAAUGAAACAAUACUUUUCGGUACCGGUGGCGAAACGGUACCCGGUGGACUUUACAGCAUAUCUUUGGAUAAUCUUCUCAAAGGACAUAAUCAGUACAUAACCGUAGUACAGUCCAAGACAAAGGGUAUAAUGGUGCCGCCUGUUAUUCUUGAUAUCGAUCAUGAUGCAAUUAAUGACAUUCUUGUUAGUCAUUUUGAUGGGACUCUAGAAUUAAUCGAUGGGAAAACAAUGGCACCAUUAUGGAGUCGAGUAUUUGAAGGUUGGGAAUUCUAUACAACGCCAGCACCAGGUGACUUCAACAGUGAUUCAUUCGUCGAUUUUAUGCUGAUCUUAAAUCGCGGUGAAUGGGAUCGAUAUAAUUAUAGUGAAGUCGUGAUUAUUGAUGGCUUAACAGGUGAAACGAUCUGGAAGAAAAGAAAUCAAUUUGGUGAAUUUACUGCUCCGUUGACAUUACAAAUGAAAAAUAAUGGAAAAUAUCAAGAUAGUUUUAUCUAUCGUCAGCGUGGUCAGAAGAGUGAGGGUGUACCUUCAAAUACUUCGUUGAUAUUAUUUCAUGGCAUUGGUCUACAAGACGGAGAGAUAUCAAAAAAUGAUGGUGCAGCAACGUCGAAUCUAACGUCUUCCUGCGAUUCUUUCACAUUAACUGAUUCUGUUGCGCAUAUAUAUCUGACCAAUAUCCAUGGCACCCAUUUAAUUGGCAGUAUCUACCCGCCGAUGAAUAAUCAAAAUGAACUAUGCAGCGACUUUGAACCGAUGGAACGCGCAGGCGGUGCACUGGGAGAUCUUGAUGGCGAUGGCGUUUUCGAUACUGUGGAUAUCACAACAUUUAUUACGAAACUGACAUCGCAUACUUUACAUGCUUUUCGUGCUCAUUCGGUAUUGACGCGUUUUCCGUUGAAUGCAAACCUUAUUGAGCCGCAAAUCAUCGCCAGCUAUCAAACAGAUAUUUCAAGUAGGACUGUCAAUGACAAACUUCUCGAAUCAUUGAGAAGGAAAACUUCGCUGUCGAAGAAAUCAAUAGUCUUUGAUAAAGAUUCAUAUGUGAUACCGAAACAGACGUGGAAUGCUUAUCUGGGUCGAUUCGCCAAUAGUCACUACUAUCGAAAUAUUGAAUAA